AUGGAGGAUCAGGAGGUGCUCGGCGACUCGCUGAUCCCUGUAAUCAACAGGCUGCAGGAUAUAUUCAGCCAGGUCACCCUCGACUUCAAGCUUGCGCUGCCCCAGGUGGCAGUGGUGGGCAGCCAGAGCAGCGGCAAGUCGAGCGUCCUCGAAGCCUUGGUCGGGAGGGACUUCCUGCCCAGGGGCCCGGACAUCUGCACGCGCCGCCCCUUGGUGCUACAGCUGGUUAAGGUCCCCUCGCAGCCCGCCGGUGGCAAGGAUGCGGCCAGCAGCAGCGGCGGCGGCGGCGGCGGCGACGGCCCAGCGGCGGGGGCGGCUGCGCCAAGCGACGGCGGCGCGGCGUCGAGCGGGGGCGGGGGCGGCGGCGCGGCGGCGGGGCGGCAGCCGCGGGAGUGGGGGGAGUUUCUGCACGCGCCUGGACGCAUCUUCACGGAUUUUGAUGGGAUAAGGCAGGAGAUCCAGAGUGAGACCGACCGCGUGUCCGGCGCCAACAAGAACGUCAGCGACAAGCCCAUCCGCCUGAAGAUCUGCUCCCCCAACGUUCUGUGA